AUGUUGACCAACGAUGUUAGACUAAUAUUGUGGGUUGUGAUUUGUAGUUUGUGGUUGAGCGCCGACGAUGUCCUUAGUCAUGGUUUCCGGCGAGCGCCACGGAUGAGGUUUUCCGGUGAGCUACCACUUCCAUAUGCAUCGCACUAUUCAGAUUUGUCCAAUUUUUGCAUAAGCACUUUGGCACAAGCCCAUUUAGUAAUUCUAAAUUAUACAAGUGCAUUCCUGGAAAAAACUUCUGUGACACAAAAAAGCAAACAGCUUGUAAACAAGCAAAAGUACUCAAGAUUUUUGCUGAAUAUGCAAAGCCUGCGAAAUUCUAUUUUGAACCACGUGAGGGUUGGGGUCUUCACAACCAAGAGACUAAUAGCAGGCGAUUUGAAUGCACUGUACAGACAUGGCCAACAGUUGAGAACAUGCAGCGCAACCUCAAGUAACAGCCAUGAUCAGGUAAUGGAUCGAGUGAUUAAGCUGGUGAAGAAAUUUGACAAGAUAGAUGCUGCUAAGGUUACUGAAAAAGCUGAUUUCCAGAAGGACUUGAGCCUUGACAGCCUUGAUAGAGUUGAACUUGUUAUGGCUUUUGAGGAAGAAUUCUCCGUUGAGAUACCUGAUGCCGAAGCAGACAAGCUUAAAUGCUGUGCCGAUGUUGCUAAAUAUGUAAUUUCUAGUGCUGAUCAGAAAAUUUGA